AUGUCCUUUGCUCUUCCUGGAGACCAGAUCCAGCUGCAAUCCGCCACAAACGUGGUGGUCGGGCCCCACGUGAGACUGGACGGCACCUCUGUCACCGCCGCGACGGCCGGGUUCCUCGUCAACACGCAAUCCCAGGGCUCUGCCGUGUGCUACAUCGAGGCAGACUCCAAACGGUACGUUCCGUCGUCGCAGGACUUUGUUGUGGGCACCGUGGUGGGCUCGUUCGGCGAGUCGUACCGCGUGUCGCUGUCUAACUUCUCCACGCCCGCCGUGCUCGGGUUCUACGCGUUCCCAAACGCAAGCAAGAAAAAUAGACCCCGUUUGAAAACCGGCGACCUUGUGUACGCCCGAAUCGCAUCCACAGACCCAGACCUCGACGUCGAGCUCGAGUGUUUCGACGCAACAACAGGGAAAGAGGGCGGGUUCGGACUCCUCGAGGGAGGGUUCGUGUUCGACGUGAGACUCGCGUACGCUAGACAUUUACUAAGACACCAGGACGCACCGGUUCUCACUAAACUAAUGAAGAAAUACCAGUUCGAGCUCGCAAUCGGCGCAAACGGACGCAUCUGGAUCAAGUCAGACACUUUACAAAACACCAUAGAAUGCAUGAAGGCCAUUCAGAACGGACAGAACGAAAAACAGACCUAG